CUCCCACUUUAUCUCCCUCUCUUUCUCUCUCAUUUUCUCUUUCUGAACCGAAGAUGGUGGCACUAGAAAUGAGCGUCGGAGCAGCCAUGAACGCGAAAUUAGUCGGGAGUGGCAGCGAGACCAUGGUGCUGGCGCAUGGGUUCGGGGCGGACCAAUCAGUGUGGGACAAAGUCCUGCCUUGCUUGACACAACAUUACCAGGUUGUCGUCUUCGACUGGACUUUUUCCGGUGCCAUAAAAGAUCCGAACCUCUUCGAUCCUUUGAAAUACUCUUCCUACGAUGCCUUUGCCGAUGACUUGAUCGCUCUCAUGGACGAGCUCCACUUGAAAAACUCCGUCUUUGUCGGUCACUCCAUGUCGGGUAUGAUCGGUUGCAUUGCUUCCAUCAAAAGACCUCAGCUUUUUACCAGGCUCGUUCUUGUUGCAGCUUCUCCUAGGUACAUUAACAUAGAUGAUUACGAGGGUGGAUUUGACGAAGCGGCAAUCGAUGGCAUCUUAUCAAGCAUCGAAUUCGAUUACGAAAAUUGGACAUCGAUAUUUCCGACGCUCGCUGUCGAUAAUUCGGACCCAAUCUCGGUAAAAAAGCUGGAAAAAUGUUUGAAGAGGAUGAGACAUGAAUUCGCCAUCCCGUUGGCGAAAACGGUGUUUCGUAGCGACGAAAGGGACAUCCUCGACAAGGUUAAGACGCCUUGCACCAUUGUUCAGACUACGAAAGACAUUGUCGUGCCCGGUUCAGUUGCCCACUACAUGCAGAAGAAGAUCAAAGGGAAAUCGACGGUGGAGCUUGUCAAGACCGAUGGCCAUUUCCCUCAGUUGACUGCACAUCUUGAGUUCCUUGCUGUGCUUGGUGGAGUUUUAGGCUUUGAAGUUUGAUAAAAAAAAUGAAAAAUAGUAUAAGGUUAGAAAUAAACUCUAUGGUCAUUGGGAAAUAUAUAUUUAUUUUAUGGCUUAACAUGUGUGUGGAGGUGUGGCCCUUUUGUAGAGUUUUCAUGGGAAAUAUUAGUUUGGCUUAUAUUAUAGUUA